UUAGGGAAGAUGGCUGCCCUCGCGGCGGAGCACUUCGCUGCGCUGCAGAGUCUGUUGAAGGCCUCGUCGAAAGAUGUUGUCAGGCAGCUGUGUCAAGAAAGCUUUUCCCGUUCAGCCCUUGGCUCAGAAAGUCUCUUGGAUAUUACAUGCUCCAGCCUGUCUGUGACCCAGGAGGAGGCCGAGCAACUGCUCCAGGCUCUGCACCGCCUCACUAGGCUAGUGACGUUCCGUGACCUGUCCUCUGCCGAGGCGAUUCUCGCUCUCUUUCCAGAAAAUUUCCACCAAAACCUCAAAAACCUGCUGACAAAAAUCAUCCUAGAACACAUAUCUGCUUGGAGGACUGAAGCCCAGGCUAGCCAGAUCUCUCUGCCACGCCUGGUCGACCUGGACUGGAGAGUGGAUAUCAAAACCUCCUCAGACAGCAUCAGCCGCAUGGCCGUCCCAACCUGCCUGCUCCAGAUGAAGAUCCAAGAGGAUCCCAGUCUGUGUGGGGACAAACCUUCCGUCUCGGCUGUGACUGUGGAGCUGAGCAAAGAGACGCUGGACACCAUGUUAGAUGGGCUAGGCCGCAUCCGGGACCAGCUCUCUGCUGUGGCCAGUAAAUGAGCCAAGCAGCUACCAGUGCCAAUUCUGUGCCCCAGUGGCUGGUCAGCAGAGAUGCACUUCGCAUUACGGGGCUGAUCGCCAUCAGCAGGCACAGGGAGAUGACAGGAAGCAGUCAGGCCCCUGGCUGUCCUCCUCUUCUGUCUCCCCUGAAGCUGAUGAUCAGAAGCCUCCAUUUUUGAAAGGCUUUGUGCAGCUGAACUGGUGCUUUGUUGGAGGGAGCGUGUUCCUUGUCAGCUGCCUGUGCUGGAAACCCAGGCCCGACUGUGGAGCUGACGUGAUAAAUUCAGUUCCAGCAUUGCCGCCCCGGAGCACACGGAGGAACAGGGGAUGACCACAGUGCCUGCUCUCCAUCAGACAAGCCCGGCAGAUGCCAGGGCAGGGCCUCCUAAGCAUGGUCCUCCGGAGCCUUCCCUGAGUCCUCAUGGUCCUGCUGGGCACUGCUCCAGUUCAGAAAAUCCCAGACUACGUUGUUGCCCACCACUCCUGGGUGGAAGAAUUACAAAUAAACUCCAGCUUUGUCAUUCUA